UGCCAGCUCAGCGUGAAUCAAAAAACUUCUCAAGUGCCAAUAAAAAUAAUAUUUUUCCUGGCCUAUAUACUCAAAAAAUAACGAUGGAUUUCGUGACGGGAAAAGACGAAGAAGAUCGCUUUGUCGAGCUCACGAAGGUGAGGCUGGAGAACCUGAGGAGGGGGCAGACUCUGGAGGAACUCCUUGUUCGCUACGUUGCCGAAAACAUUCACCUUUUCUCUGAAUUCUCUGAGCAAAACCAACUGGUUACAUUGCCCAUCCAAGUGCGAGAGAAGAUCUUGCAAAGAGUGCUGCAGUUUAGCUGCUCGGAUUCCAAUGGCAACCCAGAAAUGCUACAAAAGAUUUUGAGCGCGCUGCCGCAGCUGCUGAGUCCUUGCACCAGAAAAGUGGAUUUGGAAGGCUUCUUCAGUCUUGGCCCCGAAAAUUCUGCAAUGAUACAAGUUUUUGGAUGGAUUGCUUGUCUGGCUCCGAACGUGGAGGAAUUGUCCAUGUGCAGAGAUGGAGCCAAGGCCGUUCGCAUGCAGUACCUGCUUCAGCCGCUCAGCCAAAUGAAAAAGCUGAGAAAAAUUAAGCUCAGAGCGAUCGAGUUUCGCUUUUCCGACCUGAGCAAGCUGUGCGGCGAUUUGCCCAAUCUGCAAGCGGCCAGCGUCGGCGCCCUUGGCCACGUGGAGCAUGAUUUGAGAGACGGAAGCGAGCACAAGCGAAAUUUGCAGAAUCUCAGGGUGCUCGAGGACAACCAGUGGUGCUCACGCCAUUUUGAAUUGCUCGCCACUGUUGCUCCUCAUCUUGAUUACAUCACAGGUUGGAGCCAAGAUUAUUUGCCACUCUCUUACGACGAGAAGGAAACGCCACCGUUCCUGAAGAGGAGGUUUCUUACCCUGGAAGCGAGGGCGAUUAUUCUGGAAGAAGGGCACAAGCUGGCUAUCAAGUACCCAAACAUUUCCCAUCUCGUGAUCGAGGAAGCUUACUUCGAAAUUCAAUCCAUCGGAUCGGUGCUGCAUUUCAAAAAGAUCGAGUCCUUGACCUUCGACGGCGUGCUGAGCUGGGCCAUCGUGGAGCGCAUCUUGGCCGCCUUUGGCCACCAACUUCACUCUUUGGCCAUCUGCUGCGAUGUUCCGCCGAGCAAAGCUCUGACUUUAGAACAGAUUUCCCAGCUCUGCCCUAAACUGGAGAUGCUGCACCUGAGUAAUGUCUUAUUUCCGGACACCACGAUGGAAGUGUUUCCUGAGCUCACUGAUUUAAUUUGGAUGAACGAGUUGGUGGUUCUGUCGCCAUCCAGCGUGUUUUGUGCCCCGAAACUGAAGAGAGUGCUGAUGAAGGGUGUCUUCUGCGUGUCUGAUCUAGAAAAGUGCACCAAGAUGAUUGAAAAGGGCUACGCUCUCAGGGAGUUGCUGAGUUUGGGCGUGGAACUCAGGCACACGUUCAACCCUGACUUCAAUCAGAAGCACUUCAACGCGGCCGCUCGCAUGGUCAAGACCGCGUCUGCCCUUCUUCCCAAACUGGCCAAAUUUUACUUAAACCUUCAGAUGCAAUACUUCAGGUUUGUGUAUGAUGGGAGAGUAAGAGUGCCUAUUGAGGAGAAGUUUGACUACGACACCUACAACAGGCUGCUGAAGGAGUACAACAAACACAACGGAGUGCAUCCGUGAAAUGAACAGAUUUUUGGUUUGAUUUUCCUACUUUUAGAAAUCAAUUUCACAGUCAAUCGCUCUAUGUAUAGUAGUUGAAACAGUGUUAAACAUUUAUUAAUAUCUUAAACAAUAAAUACGCUAUUUUGUUUGAUACAUUGUAUGUUGAAUCUUCAGUAGAUGAGCACAGAAAUUCACUUACAUAUUUAGAAACUGAAGUGUACUUGCCAAAAAAAAUUUUUUGUUCUGGUCUGCGAUAUUUAUGAGGUACGUGAAUUUGUCAAACACGCUUGGUUUGUUCGCAGAACAUAUCUGUCUGACAUAUUAAGCCUUCCUUCAAUUUUUGCAGACGUUAAGUAUUCGUAGGUACAAAUAAAUAAAGUUUAUGCGGAAUCUCGAC